UGGCAGCAGCCGGCGGCGGAGCGGGAGCAGGAGCGGGGAGGGUCAUGGCUCCGGUGGGGCGCGGCGGCGGGGCCGGGCUGCUGCUGUUGCUCGGCCUGCUCGCAGUCUUACCAGUGUGCCUGUUGCCAGCAAAGGUGUCUCCACUCAUAGAAAAAAUUAGUGACCACAAGGAUUUCAAGAAGCUUCUCAGGACACGGAAUAAUAUAUUAGUGCUCUAUUCCAAAUCCACUGCUGCUGCCGAAAGCCCACUCAGGUUACUGUCCGAUGUGGCCCAGGUGGUGAAAGGACGGGGCACUAUAAGCUGGAUAGAUUGUGGUGAUGCAGAAAGCCGAAAAUUAUGCAAGAAGAUGAAAGUAGAUCCCAGCUCAAAGGAGAAAGGAGUGGAAUUAUUGCAUUAUAAGGAUGGUGCAUUUCAUACUGAAUAUAACAGAGCUGUCACACUAAAGUCCAUGGUGGCCUUUCUAAAGGAUCCAGAAGGAGCUCCAUUGUGGGAGGAGGAUCCGGAAGCCAAAGAUAUUGUACAUGUCGACAGUGAAAAGGAAUUCAGAAGGCUUCUGAAGAAGGAAGACAAACCUCUUCUGAUGAUGUUCUAUGCUCCAUGGUGCGGUGUGUGUAAGAGAAUGAUGCCAGCUUACCAACAGGCAGCCACAGACCUGAAGAGUAAAUAUGUACUUGCGGGAAUGAAUGUUUACUCUGCUGAAUUUGAAAGGAUAAAGGAAGAAUACGGUGUCCGGGGAUACCCUACCAUCUGCUAUUUUGAGAAAGGAAAGUUCCUCUUCCACUAUGAGAAUUAUGGUGCUACAGCAAAGGAUAUAGCAGAGUGGCUGAAAAGCCCUGUGCCACCGCAGCCGCAGGCCCCAGAGACUCCCUGGGCAGAUGAGGAGAGCGCAGUUUAUCACCUGACUGAUGAAGACUUUGACAAGUUUAUCAAGGAGCAUUCGUCUGUCCUGGUGAUGUUCCACGCGCCAUGGUGUGGGCACUGUAAGAAGAUGAAGCCAGAAUACGAGAAGGCUGCAGAGUCCCUCCAUGUAGCCAAUGAUAGUCCAGGUGUCCUUGCAGCAGUAGAUGCUACCGCCAACAAGGCACUGGCAGAAAGAUUUCACAUCUCAGGGUUUCCUACACUGAAGUAUUUUAAGGAUGGAGAAGAGAAAUAUACUCUGCCACAGCUCAGAACCAAGAAGAAGAUCAUUGACUGGCUACUAAAUCCUCAAGCACCACCUCCACCCGAACCAGCUUGGGAAGAAAAGCAAACAAGUGUUAUCCACCUUGUGGGAGAAGACUUCAGGGAAUCUUUGAAAAAGAAGAAGCAUGCCCUUGUCAUGUUCUAUGCCCCAUGGUGCCCACACUGUAAAAAUUCCAUCCCACAUUUCACAACCGCUGCCGAGCUCUUUAAGGAAGAUCGCAAGAUUGCCUACGCUGCAGUGGACUGUGCCAAAGAACAGAACCAUGACCUGUGCAAGCAGGAGGGUGUCGAUGGCUACCCCACCUUUAACUACUACAACUAUGGGAAGUUUGCAGAAAAGUACAACGGAGAGAGAGGGGAGGCUGGAUUUGCCACUUUCAUGCGAACCCUUAGAGAGAGAGACCAUGAAAGGGUAGGGAAGAAGAAGGAUGAACUGUAAUUUCUGCCUCAAAAGAAGCUUUCCACUGCACUGUGAAUGAUCCCAGGUCCAUUGUGACUGUGCCUGAGAUUUCACGAAUUCUAAAGACAGAGACUUUUUUUCUUUCUUUUUUUUCUUUUUUUAUAAAUAGCCAUGGUCAUUUUGUACAAUUUUGAAAUAAAGUGAAACCACUUGAUUUUUAAAGAAAAUUAAAUUAGACUGUUGCCAGAUUCUGUUGAAAAAACAAACAGCAUUCUCUCACAUUGUGAGACUCUGCCCAUCAACACUCCUAUGCAAUAUUUUUGUAGUCGGUAGUGUGUCCGUAGAUGACCUCAUUUGAAAAGGUAAAUUUUCUUUUCUUUUUUUUUUAAGGGUUUUACAGUACACGUAAUAACUUUUUUUUAAAACAGUGGAGGAAAAAUGGGACUUUUAAGAAACAAAAAAAGCCUGUUCAAAUGCAGUUUUACAUUCUUGCAAAAUAGUUAUGUGCUCUUCAGUGAGAUUUGGGGGAACAAUUUUAAGGUGCUCAGGGAUAACAGGGUAACGGGGCUGAUGGAGACACUAGCAUUGACCAAUCCAGAUCUCGUUGAUUUUCAUUUUUAAUCCACUGUACUAGAACUGUUUACAUAUCUUUGCAGAAUGUACUAAGUUGUUUUAAAUAAAAUGUCAAAGAUCAGGACAGUAGGGAUUAAAUGUAAAAUAAAUCUCA